AUGUACAACUUCAUGAACCCCACUAACACCACCUCCUCUGCUUCAAACCCAAAACCCACAAAGAAAACCACCCACCCAUCAUCAUCUUCAUCCUCUUCCAGCAGGCUCUUCCACUGCCUCUACUGUCCUCGCAAGUUCUACACCUCUCAAGCUCUCGGCGGCCACCAGAACGCCCACAAGCGCGAGAGAGCCGCAUCUCGAAGGACCUUCAGUUCUGAGCGCAUGACCCAACUCUCCGCUGGACUCUCUGCAGACCCAAACGCUCCGUUUAUCGACCACGGCUGGGUCGAGCCCAUUCAGGCGCAUCACAACAACAACUUAUUGGGUUCUGUUUACUCGGUUCAUCGUCAUAAUAAUCAGGUCCCGAAUAUUGGAUUUCAAGUACUGGCUCGUUCAAGUGCUGGUGUCGAUGAGUUUCCAGCAGCUAAUGCUUCUUCCAGUACUGAUCCUGCUGAGCGUUCUAAUCUUGACCUCACUCUUCAUCUGUGA